CACGAGGGGUUGCGGAGGGAACGAGCGUGGACGAGCGGUUAUUUCAAGCGACGGCUCUUCUGGCACUUCGCCCCGAGCUUUCCUCGUGCACAUCCUCCUCUCGUAGUGCUCUGCCACGAGUAGUAACGCGUAUCGUCAGUGUCGCGACGUCGCAGUCUCGAGUAGUCUCGAGACUGAGAAAGAGAGAGAGAGAGAAACAGGGAACCGUCAGUCAAGACAGCAAGAUCGAUCGAUCGAACGAUUUUGCCGUAUCGGUCAGUACUCUCGAGAUCAUCCGCGAAAAUUCGCGAAAGCGAGUGCCCGGUGACACUCACAGUGGCAAAAGACCAAAGAGUCUUUCGAGGGUGACAGUCACGGUGUCAGUGAAUGGAUGAACUCUUUUGUGUAUGGUGACGGGAUUAAGAGAAUCGUGGAACGGUAGGACAGUCGGAUAAGACGAGAACCGAAAGAUGGAACGCGCGUGGAAAAAAAUAGCGAACGAGGAUCUAUAACGACGACGCGCCGCCGUCGGAUGCGUGAGAUGCGUCGGCCUGAAAUAACAGCGGGAAUGCGUGUAUAGUGUGAAUCAGCUCGUGUUCGUUCCGCAGCGGACACGCGAACUUCCUCUCGGCAGUGACUCCACACACGCACUUCUUCGCCAUCCCUCCGUCCUGUCUUGUCUUCAACCCUUCCUCGGUCGACGAUCAUCGGUGUAUCAUUGGUAUCGUUGCUCGCGAUCAAUGCCGAUGCUCGAUAGGGUGAGAAAGAGAGAACUAGGAUUCCUGAGAGCGGAUUGAGAAAAACCAGAAGCGCCAGAAGCAACGCCGAGAUCAGAAGCUGGAAGCGUGAAGAGGCCGAGGGGAGUUUUCGAGACGCUGUCGAAGGAGUUUUCUCGGAAAGGAGAUCGCGAGCGUCGUAAUAUAAGAUCGUGCCUUCUCUAAUCUCGAUUGACCAUCGAAUAACACGGCAAGACUACCAGAUUCUUCUUUCUAAACGAGGAUCUCCGUGUCCACGGCUUAGCGAUGUCAGAUUUUAUCGUGGUGGAGCCUAAGCCGAGAGGGGUUUGGAUCCGUGUUUCAAACGCGUUAUCUCUUCGAGGAGUUCGAGACGGUAUGCGCGAGAGACUAUUAUCCACCACCGCGGUCCAUCGAUCGAGGAUGCGAUCGGAAGUCACCCAUGCCACGAUUACACUAACUACGUAUGUUCGGGGUCGAGCGAGUCGAAAUGGCGAGGAUCUGCAUAAUCUUCGGGAUCCUCACUAUCCUGUCUGUCGGAUCUACACAAGGAAAGAAACCUUACAUUCGACUAGAUGCAAUUAAUCCUGACGUUGUGGUAUCCGUGGGCGAGAAGCUCAAUUUGCGUUGCCAGCAAAGCUUUAACUCCAAGACAACGUGGUAUAAGGACGAUGAAGCCUUGCAUAAAUCGACGAACAGAAUCCGUAUAAACAAGCAGUUAUUGAAGUUCAAAUUCGUUGAGCUGGAGGAUACUGGCGUCUACAGCUGUAAAUUGGAAUCGAACGAAACUAUCUAUUGGAGAAACGUGACCGUACGCGUCGAGAACCUGCAGAACGACGGCUUCCAGACCGAAAGCGAAGACAAGAGCGCGAUGAAUAUUCUCAGAUCGGAAGACGGAGAUAAUGAUCUCGAGAUGGAAACUAGAAAUUUGCCCGAGACACGAUCGUUGCACUUGGACAGCGAAAAGUUAGACAUAGACCUGGACGAGAAGAGCGAGAGCUACACGGAAGACGAUCAUAACCAGAAGGUUCCAGAGAGUCCGCCUUCUUUUAACAAGACCGACGAGAUGCACACAUUGGUAGUGAAACCCGCCGGAAGCAUGAUGCGAUUAAAAUGCCCGAGCGUGGGCAAUCCUAGGCCAAACAUCACGUGGUUGAAGAACAACGAGGAACCAAAACGAGAUAUUGGUUCCGUCAGCAAAACCAAGUGGACCCUGAGAUUGGAGGAUCUUGUUACCAAGGAUAGCGGCAAUUACACGUGCAUCGUGUGCAAUUAUCUGGGAUGCAUCAACUAUACCUUCAAGGUCGACAUUAUCGAGACUGUACCGCAUCGACCGAUCCUGACGAUCGCACCACGAAAUACCACGGUGCUUAUAGGAGGCAACACUAGUAUGAUCUGCCGAGUUUUAUCCGAUGCACAUCGUCAUCUCGAAUGGUAUCAUGGUUACCAUACUUCUUUCGACACCGUCAACAUGACCAAUCAAAGCUUACGGGUGGAGGUCAAGAUAGGAACGAAUGCAGAAGAUCCGGAAGAGCUAAAAUUAUAUAACGUUACUGAAAAGGACGAGGGAUGGUACACAUGUAUUGCCCAGAACACUUUAGGAGAAACAUUUAGCAGUGCUUAUCUACGUGUAGUCGAAACGCUGGACGAACAGAAAGUACCGUUAGCCGCGAAGCCGCAUAUCUUGAUAAACAUUCUGGCGGCAAUUCUAUGCGUGUUCUUCGCCGUGGGUGUCGUCGUUGUAAUAUACAUCUUCCAUCGAUUGAAACGCGAGAAGAUGAAGAAGCUGCUUGCGAUAGAAACAGCGCGUGCGGCGGUUGUGACGCAAUGGACCAAGAAGGUAAUCGUGGAGAAGCAGAAAUUGGUGAACGCGCAGAACGAGGAGGAACUGUUGAUGCCGGUAGUAAAGAUCGAGAAACAAAAGUCCACCGUUGUCACUGAUGAUAAUACUAAUGACAACGUGUUCGAAUACGAGAUACCGCUAGACAACGGUUGGGAAGUACCGAGGGAAUAUCUCACACUUGGCGAUACACUGGGCGAAGGAGCCUUCGGCAAGGUUGUCAGGGCUGAGAUAAACAUCGGUAAACCCGGAAUACCCAACGUCGUAGCGGUAAAAAUGUUGAAAGAGGGCCACACAGAUACCGACAUGGUGGAUUUAGUUUCGGAGAUGGAAGUGAUGAAGAUAAUUGGCAAGCACGUGAACAUCAUCAAUCUACUAGGUGCCUGUUCUCAGAACGGUCCUUUAUAUGUCAUAGUGGAGUUUGCUCCUCACGGCAAUCUACGAGACUUCCUCCGAGAGCACAGGCCCUCUUUGGGAUACGAACCGGCUAUCGGACAGGAGUUGAAGGAGCGAAAGACCCUCACGCAAAAAGAUCUGGUCUCGUUUGCGUACCAAGUGGCGCGUGGGAUGGAGUACCUGUCUAGUAAGAGAUGUAUACACAGAGAUUUAGCGGCUAGGAACGUCCUCGUCAGCGAUGAAUAUGUGUUGAAGAUCGCUGACUUUGGUCUUGCCAGAGACCUUCAUUCCAACGACUAUUAUAGGAAGAAAACGGAUGGACGGUUGCCGGUGAAGUGGAUGGCCCCAGAGGCUCUCUUUCAUCGUGUUUACACCACUCAAUCCGACGUAUGGUCGUACGGGAUCUUGUUGUGGGAAAUCAUGACCCUGGGCGGCACGCCUUACCCAUCCGUUCCGUCGGUGGAGAAAUUAUUCCAGCUGCUUAGAACAGGUCAUCGAAUGGAGAAACCGCCUUGUUGCUCGAUCGAAAUAUACAUGCUCAUGAGAGACUGUUGGAGUUAUCAGCCUAGUGAACGACCGACAUUUGUCGAACUGGUCGAGGAUCUCGACAGAAUAUUAACGAUAACAGCGAACGAGGAAUAUCUGGAUCUCGGCCUGCCCCAGUUGGAUACGCCUCCGUCCAGCCAAGAAUCCAGCGAGACAGAAGAGGAAGGUGAAGAAAAAUUUCCAUAUCUAUUAUGAGUCGUAUACUCGCGAAGAAUGUCACUUAAAUCUUAUAGACGAGAUACUUGAGAUAACUCAGAGACUCGUCAACUCGCAAACAUAAUAAACUCAGCGAAAACGAACGAAAUGGAUACGAUAAGAAAUAAAGAGAACAGGAGUCUUAGCGUGAGAGAUCACAAGAAUAAUAGACUGAAAUGAAACAAGCGAACACGCCAAAUAAAAUAAAUCAGUAUUGAACUGUGUAGAAUUAAGGAGAACGAGUUAAUCGUAAAAAGAAAUAGUGUAUGUCAUACAUCAAAUAAUCGACAAAACAUUCUAUGAUUGUUGCUACUGUUUCUCACAGAAACUUCGAUUAAGGCAAAAGAAGAGGACGAGCGACGAGCGGAAAACUGAAAGGACACUAUCUUUUGCUACGCCCUUAAAUACAAGAAACGGAUUUGUAUAUAGCGCUUAUACAGAUCUUACAAGUAUUUAUAGAUGUAAUAAUUGUGCCAUGAUAUUAGUGCCUUGCGGACAUAUCGGACGACAAUAAAUAAAGAGAUAAGUUAUCACGAUGGUGAUAUUCGUCCACGUGUUGGUCGCGUAGAUCACACAAAUAUUAAACGAUUAAUGAAUAUCAAACAUGAUAUUGUGUUUUGUAACUAGUCAAUUGUGGAAAUUGUAUGUUUUCUUGUAUUAUAGUAGCUGAUAGAUUUUUAGCGUUUUCACGCGGCUAGCAUUAGCGGAUGACGAAUCAUAGAUUUUGUAUGUGGCGGGCAAGUUCUGCAACAAUAUUUUGUAAAAAAGAAAAAAGAAAAGAAGACUUGGACACACAUCCCAUAUAUAGUACAGAGCAUUCUAGCAAUAUUGUAGCAACGUUACUGCAACAUUAUUCAAACGUUGUAAUGUUGUUGAAAUAGAAUGUACUGUGGAGUAAGAGAUUAAACGCGAGAAGAAACGAUAAUUUCGAGAAAAAAGUCCAAAGUAUCGUUAUAAGUCUUGUAGUUGUAUUGAUCAUACGUGUAUAAAUGGGAGAAAGGCGUUUAGAGGUAGAUAAUUUAUUUCUUGUAUAUCAAUGUAUCUCAAGUAUACCCAGUAAGCAAAUCGUUCGAAAUAUUGCAGUAAAAAAUUUAUUUAGAAAUUGCUAGCAAAUUGACUUAUGUCUGCAUUAUAUAAGUGCAUAUUUUGCAGACAUAAUUUUGCAGUAGAUUGGCGGCAAAAACAAAAAGCAAAGCUUAGACUUCUGCUAUUGUUUCGUAGCUAAUUUAUAUUAAAACAGUGCAGUAUGUGAUCAAUCAAUCAAUUUACUGUAUUUUAUUGAUAAAUAUUUCUAUAAUUCUACCAGCAUUCUACUAACAGUAUUGUACAAAUGUUGCAUCAAAUCUGUUCUUCUUUUUGUUGAAAAAUUUGUAACGGAUAAUUUGUAGAAUCUGUUUUUGAGAGUUGGCUGCCUGGGUAUAUGUAUGUACAUCUCUUCAGGAUUUUCCUUUUUUCUUACAUAAUUUUAAAAUACAUCUCGCUUGAGCGAUCCUUUUGUAAAAAGUGACAACAAUCGAUUUACGCAUUAGAAAGUAACUUUUUAAUUUGUGACUUGUACAUAUAGGCGUUU